UGAGUAAAUGCAAUUUGUUGUUGUUGUUGGUGAGUCUUCGAGCCGGGAUAUUCGGGGAGAUGAUGGGGGGGGACGGCGUGGGAGGAACCUGUAGGCAGGGAUGUGUGUGUGUGUGUGUGUGUGUGUGUGCACGUCCUUAUUCACCGCUGUGGUUUGUGCUCGCACACGCAUGUGCGCGCAGAGAGAGUAAAUAUGCCCCUUGUUUCCAUGUCACAGAUCGAUGCUUCCAGUGCCUCCUGCGGUGGGACCAGCCAUUAGUGUGGAGCUGGAGGUCGAGGAUGUGGAGGUGGAAAACUACGAGGCGCUGCUAAACCUGGCCGAGCGACUGGGCGAGGCGAAGCCACGAGGGCUCACCAAAGCAGAUAUAGAGCAGCUUCCGUCCUACAGGUUCAACCCUGAAAAUCACCAGUCAGAACAAACUUUGUGCGUCGUAUGCUUUAGUGAUUUUGAGUCCAGGCAGCUACUUAGAGUCUUACCCUGCAACCACGAGUUCCACACGAAAUGUGUUGACAAAUGGCUGAAGACCAAUCGUACUUGUCCAAUCUGUCGAGCUGACGCUUCAGAAGUCCACCGAGAUUUAGAGUAAAAAGAAAAAGCCAUUUCAGCAGCACAAUUGUCGGAGACGUUACCGAGGUGACGUGUGGUGGGGGGGGGGAGGAGAGGGGAAGAGUGCAUUCUUGCCCCCACCCGCUCACCCGUGUUACCUUAAGCCUUCCCCUAUAACAGCAGCAAUCUAGGAUCUUACGCGGAGUCCUGUUACCUCUGUUUGCACCGUGCGAUUUUUGACGACAUCAGCGAUCACCAGUAUCUUCGCUUAGACAAACAACGCGCGUGUCUGGAGAUGUGUUGUCCUAACAUUGUGUUCCGAGCUCCAAAGAUUUUAACCUGCGUGUACUUUGAUGUGUAUUAACAUUUUAUAGUUUGAUCAUUCCAAGUAUUGACACAAUAGUCAAGAGGAGGGGAGGGGUAGGGAAUUGGUAUGAUUUUGUCACGUUCCCCCCUCUCCCCCGCAUCCCCCCCUCCCCCCUUCGAGCAGAAGACAGUAGACGGAAGGAAGACAAUGGGGGUGAUUGUACACCCAGUAAAACCCUCCAACAGUGUACUGUACUGAUGGGGCGAAGUGGGAUGCCUGGGAAUUUUUUUUCCCGCACGCACGUGCGUGUGUAUGUGCGUGUGUAUGUG